CACAGCGACAUAAAAAAACAUUAGAAUAAGACUUAUUUUUUGUAUUUCUUGAAAGCUAUUGAGUGUAAAAGCAAUAAUAGUUUUAUUUUAACACGGACAACAACAAAGUGUUAGCAUUCAUUAUUAUUUGUCGUUGAAAUACAUGGACGCAAUCUUCGCGACGGCCUUGAUCAAAGAGCCGUGUAAAUAAAUUAGAUUUAUUACGAAACUUGGGUUUACGAAUGCAAACGCUUUCAAAAUUUUGCUGAAGUUUGGAUCUCAUUCUGGCUCCACACCGAUCAACAGGAUCAGAAUGGCCAUGCAUUCAUAUAUGCGGGCCAACCCGAAUCAAACACAAACAAGCAGUGCAAACGAGAACCUGAGUGCCGAUGAGGUGAACGACUUCCUAAAGGACAAACAAGCCUGGGAGCACGCUAUAUCGCUCUACCAGGGACCCGAUCCGCUCGAUCACUGGUACAAUUACAUAUGUUGGUACGAAAACCAUGCUCACAGCGAUCCAGAACUUAAGUUCCGCGAAACGCUCGAACGAUGCCUCACAGUCUACGAGCACAACGAAUAUUAUAGGCAGGACGUGCGCCUCGUGCGGCUCUGGCUUAAAUACAUUGCAAUGCAGACGGACCAAUUGCGUUUCUAUCAGGUUCUAUUUCAGCGUGGCACCGGUCGCCAGGUGGCCGCAUUUUAUAUUGGCUGGGCCAGUUACUACGAGGCGCACGAGCAGUUUAAGGACGCUGAAGCAGUAUUCAACCUUGCGUUCCAAGAAAAAGCACAUAGCAGCGCUGAGCUGCAAAACGCCCACGCCAAGUUUACAUAUGUGCGCUCGUUGUUUUUCCAGCAGCAACAAGUGCAGCAACAGCAUCCGCACCAGCACCAGACACCGUCUCACGACGCUUUACAGCAGUUAACCACAUACACACAAACUCAUCACCUACAGCAAGAGAAUCAUCAGCAACAGCAACAGCCACAGCAAGAUCAUCACCAGCAACAGCAAGCCUACCCGAAUCCUGCGACAUCCACACCACUGAGGUCUCAUCACCUUCGCCAAGAUAACUUUCAUCAAUAUCAGCAGCAUCCACAGGAGCUUACAUAUCUCCCCCAUGCACAAGAACACCAGCAGCAAGCGCCGUCACAAGCUCACUACCAGCAUCAAGAACAGCCAACUCCUUCAGCACCAGCGCGCUUUGGCCAACAGUUACAUCAUCCCGCAUUUGUAGCUGCACAGAACCAAUCGCUCGCACCCUCGCACUAUUCUCCCAUGUCGGGUACCCAAAAUCGGACUCCCGCAAAUACGUACUUGGGACCACAGCUACAGGAACAGGUGUCGGUCACUGGAAGUCCUAGCCAGGGGCAACCACAGCCGCAGGAGUCCUUGACGGAAGUUGGAGGUGUGCGUUUGCCGCGAAAUUUUCAUGCUUACGGGCGGAACAACCACGAGACGUGGAAGCCAGCACUGACUCUAGAAGAACCGGACGACCCAUCACGUGUCUGUCACUACCCCAAACAGAUGGUAUACCCAGCGGGCGUGGGCAUCGAGUAUAGUCCUGAAGAACUAUUGGCGCGCAAGUAUACAGAUCUGCUGAAGCAGCGGAAACAAUUGUUGCAGGCUCAAGCGCCGCAACAGCCACUCAAUAUCAAAGCACAAGAGCAGACGCAUCAUGCGCAAGAACCCACUUAUAGAGAUGGACAGCAACAGGAUCUCUCCGACUCCUAUCAAAAGGAGGCAUCCUACUGCAUGACGGCAAUGGAUGGUAAAGGUAACGAAGCAAAUUCUGAAGUUGGCGGUGAUGAGGAAGGGGAGGAGGAGGAGGAGGAUCACCAACCAGAGCAAUCAGACGAAGAGUCAGAUGAGGAGGGCUCCGAUCAGCAGGACAACGAUGCAGAGCCGGUGAAGCAGGUUUACUCCAAUGGCGUGGACGUCGAAAUGCAAUUUAGAACACAGACAACCUUUGAGCAACAGAAUCGCUCUAUAAAGAUGAAAUUUAAAAAAGAACGCACAUUAGAGUGCAGCACAUAUAGUGCCUAUACAAUCGAAAGCAUUGACCAUCAGCAUCCAGAGUUGCCGUCAGCGACACCAGCACCCGAACCUAUGCGCAAGUUUGCCACUUCGUCCAAGCUGUUGCAAGACUAUAGUGGAGCUACUACAAUGCAGCGCCAGCGAAACGAAAGCCAUCAUUUCCACCCGUAUCUUCUGGGCCACACCUCCACACCAAAAAGCACAGCAAAUGAGAGCAGGCGUGCGCGCGCCAAGGCGAAACAAGGCAAGUUUCAAUCUGAACUGUGCAGCAACAGUAACUCAUCCUGCUCAGUGGUGGACCAGGUGGCAAACGGUGUCGAGCCUGGCGUUGUCCAUGCAGAUUUUGAAGCUGCCUCUGCGCCAAUACACAACGCUACCUUCAAUGACAAUGCCAACUUCUCGUUCUCCAGUGCCGGUGGUCUGGACAAUUCGAAUGGCUCGCUAGCGCUAGCUGUGGAUAGACUUAAUUUUCGUGAAGCCACACAUGUUGCUGGCGUUGGCAAUAAAUCGCUGCCUGCGCACAACAAUAACAACAACCACAUGCCUGCACAGAGCACAACAACAAGCACAUUGGCGGACUUCUCCACAUUUCAGGAAAACUCUUACUUCGCUACGCAACACGAUGCAGAGGCACAGGAACGCCGUCUUUCAAAGGCGCUGGAGACAAUUGCACGUCACCUGGGCAAAGAAGCGAUCGAUCCGUUCAACAGCGAGCUCUGCCGCGCCUUUUUGGCUAAACUCAAUUUUCCUGGGGACAACGACGCCCAUGCCAGCUAUAAAGUUGUGCAAACACCGCUGCCGAAAAUCUCGAACACGCGCACCCUUAACGUCCUUGACAGCGUGCAGUUCAACAUUGACAAAGAGGUGGGUCGCGGUUCCUAUGGGUCCGUGUACAAGGCAACUGACACUCGCACCGGUAACGUUGUGGCGCUUAAAUACCAGAAGCCGCCAAAUACUUGGGAGAUCUAUAUAUGUGAUCAGGUGCUACGACGCAUACGGGAGCCCGAAGUGCUGCCAGGCCUUAUGGAUAUAUCGACUGCGAUUAUCGCACCGAAUGCCAGCCUUAUUGCCACUGAGUUUUCGCCUUUCGGUUCGCUGCUGGACAUUAAUAAUAAGAUACGUCAAGCCACCACAAAAGUGAUGCACGAGUCUCUGGUUAUGCACUUUUCAUCGCAGAUCUGCAACAUUGUCGACCAUUUGCAUCGACAGCACAUCAUUCAUGCGGACAUUAAGCCCGACAACUUUCUGCUAAUGCGCGUACCAAGUGUCGAGAAUGCCGAACCCUCGCUGCGGCUGAUUGAUUUUGGAUGCGCAAUCGACAUGUCGCUUUUUCCCGACGCCGAACAAACCAAGUUCCGCAAGGUGGUGCAGACGGAUGGCUUUACAUGCAUCGAAAUGCAGGAGGGCCGCUCAUGGUCAUACGAAACAGAUCUUUUUUGUAUUGCCAGCACCGUGCAUGUCAUGCUCUUUGGCGAGUAUAUGCAGCCGCAGAAACGAGCCGCCGGCUGGGAAAUACGUCAAAAGUUGCCACGCUAUUUAAAGAAGCACGUGUGGUCGAAGUUCUUCUGCGAUCUGCUCAAUAUGCAAGCCGACAAGUUGCCCCAGCUACAGCAAAUGCGUGAAAUCUUUGAUGAGGAAUGUUGCCGCAUGGACUCCGAACUGCAGAAACAAAUACGCACCCUCUCUAACAUUCUACAUCGGCGAUAACCAACGCCAGUGUCA